AUGGACCCUAGCUUCAGAAAGCCAGACAUCCACGACAAGGAGAACUGCUCCCCCGAUUCAGCUCUUCUUCCUCCUCCUCCUACUCCAACCCCUCCACCACCCAAACCGGCCCCUACUACACCCCGCCAGCAAGCCUCCAUUCCGAUGGCUGAAGAAGAAGACUUUAGCUCCCUUCCCCUCCAGGAUAGGUUUACCCACAAGGUUUGGAAAGUCAGAAAACAGGCCUAUGAAGACGCCGCAAAAGCCUUCGCUGCUACUGCCGACGAGUACGACAAUGCCUUCAGACCCUUCCUCUCCGACUCGGGCCUCUGGAAAGGCGCCGUCGCCGAUUCCAACGUUGCUGCCCAACAAGAUGGUCUGGCGGCGUACUGCGCGUUUCUCAAAUUCGGAGGAAAGGAACACUGCACAAGGACGCGCGGAACUACGAUAGGGCCUAUCUGUGAAAAGGGUUUGCCGUCAACGCGUGCCGCUGCCAAGGAGUCAUCUCUCGAAGCCCUUCUACUACUCGUCGAACUCGAUGUUGCCGCCCCAGUCAUCGAAGAGAUUAUCCCGGCGCUUGCCAACAAGCAACCAAAGGUUGUCGCAGCGGCUAUUACCGCCCUGACCGCAAUUUACCACAACUUCGGAUGCAAGACCGUCGACCCCAAGCCCGUGUUGAAGGUCCUCCCCAAGGCAUUUGGUCAUGCCGACAAGAAUGUCCGUGCUGCCGCGACGAACCUUGCCGUCGAAUUCUACCGAUGGCUGCGCGAAGCCAUGAAGCCCAUGUUCUGGGGCGACUUGAAACCCACUCAGCAGACCGACCUCGAGGCGCAAUUCGAAAAGAUCAAGGCCGAGCCAGCUCCGAAGCAAGAACGAUUCUUGCGCUCACAACAAGCCGCCAUGGCACGUGCGCCCCCACCCGGAGCCGACGACGAGUACGAUGAUGGUGGAGACUAUGGCGAGGAACCAGCCGAGAUGGACGCCUUCGACCUGGCGGAACCCCAGGAUGUCUUUGGCAAGAUCCCCGCCAACUUUAACGAAGCCUUGGCCUCGUCCAAAUGGAAGGAGAGAAAGGAAGCAGUGGAAGGUCUCUACGCGGCAAUCAACGUGCCAAGAAUCAAGGAUGGCGACUUCAACGAGAUCAACCGAGGGCUGGCAAAGUGCAUGAAGGACGCCAACGUUGCUGUUGUGACUCAAGCCGCGCAGUGUAUCGAGGUCUUGGCCAAGGGAUUGCGGCAAGGCUACGCAAAACACCGCACUACUGUGAUGCAACCCAUCAUGGAACGCUUGAAGGAGAAGAAGGCAACGGUGGCAGAUGCUCUCGGCGCUGCGCUUGACCAAGUCUUCCUGGCUACAAGUCUGACUGACUGUCUUGAGGACAUCAAUACCUACCUCGUCCACAAGAACCCCCAGAUCAAGGAGGGCACUAUGAAGUUCUUGAUUCGUUGCCUCAGAACGACACGCGAUGUGCCGAGCAAGCCCGAGAUCGCGUCCAUUGUCGAGGCAGGCAAGAAACUGUUGACCGAGUCCAGCGAGGGCCUCCGUUCAGGCGGUGCUGAGAUUUUGGGCACUGUCAUGAAGAUCAUUGGCGAGCGCGGUAUGGGUCCGCACAUGGAAGGCCUAGAUGAUAUCCGCAAGACGAAAAUCAAAGAAUUCUUCGAGACGGCUGAAGUCAAGGCAAAGGAGAAGCCGAAGGCACCCCCGCCAGCUGCCAAGGCACCGCCCCCGAAGAAGGUCGUCGGAGGGAAGAAGCCCCUGGGCAUGAAGAGACCGGCCAUGCCGGCGGCAAGCGCUCCGCCGCCCGCCGACCCGGAACCCCUCUCCCCACAAGCUUCAUCUCGUCCCAAACCCGCAGGCACCAAGAUGGGCAUGCCGAAGCCGUCGGGCUUGGCCGGCCUCAAAUCCAAGCGCCCUCUCGGUGCACCAGCGGCGGCCGGAUCCCCUCGACGCCCUGCUGCCGCACCAAUUAUGCCCGACGAUGAUGAGCCUGCUCCUCCCCCGCCUCAGCCUCGCAUUGGCCUUGGCAGAGGUGGUCUUGCAGGACGAUCUCUUGCGAAACCUGCUGCCGCUCCUGUUCAGAUGCCUCCUGCAUCGCCGCCGCCUUCCAGCGGACUCACGGCAAUGGAGCGGGCUGAACUCGAAGAACUCAGAUCGGCAAACGAGCGCCUGACACGCCAAGUGGAGGAAAUGAGGCAUGAAAGGAGCAAGUACAUGUCUGAGAUUCAAGAGUUGAAGAACCAAAAUGCGGGUUUGAUUGAAGACCAUACCCGUGAUGUCCUCAGCAUCAAGGCCAAGGAGACGCAGUUGGUUCGUGCAAGAAGUGAUGCAGAGGCCACGGAGUCGACGAACGAUCGCCUCAGACGGGAGCUGGAUCGCCUUAAGAGAGCGCUCAACCACGCCGAGGCCCUGAACUCAAGGACAGGCAUGGGCAGCCCAGGUCUUGCUUCGCCUACGCACGACGACGCCGGUAUCUACCGCGACGCAUCCUACGGUUCAUCUUCUGCUCGACACAACCGUGUUAGUUACGCCAGCAACAUGUCUGAGGAGAAGGAGAACGGAGACCAUCACUACCCUCGCUCAAAGGCACUCAGUCCCGAGCUUAGGUAUACGGGCAGUGCAUCUUCCGGACGUGGCAGCCCUGCUAGAGGCUACAGGAGUUCUGCGGCCACCCCCGUUGAUGAUAUACCGGCACCGUCAUACUCGUCUGGCGGCGGCGGUGGAGGCGGUGGCAUGAACUCGAAUAACAACGGUGUGGAAAGCUGGAAGCGUGCAGCUGAAGUGACCAGCCAACUGAAAGCCAGGAUUGAACAAAUGAAGGCGAAACAAGGAUUUGCCCGUCCUUGA